GUUUGUGUUUUCUGUUGUUUAUGGCUGAUAAGGAUUGGCAGAGGCAAUAUUUUGAUUUGAUCUAUAUGUUGCUCAGUUGAUUGCGAGACCUGUGUGGUAAUAGAAACGGCAAUGAAGAACAACGGUAAGCUUAGGGGUAAAACUUUGUUUAUCACGGGAGCAUCUCGAGGCAUUGGAAAGGCAAUUGCACUGAAGGCAGCCAAGGAUGGUGCCAACAUAGUAAUUGCGGCCAAAACAGCAGAACCACAUCCUAAGUUGCCUGGAACAAUCUAUACAGCAGCAGAGGAGAUUGUAAGGGCUGGUGGGAAAGCGUUGCCAUGCAUCGUGGAUGUGCGCAAUGAACAGCAAAUCCAACAGGCCGUUGAUGCGGCAGUUGCAAAAUUUGGUGGCAUCGAUAUUGUGAUCAACAAUGCCAGCGCUAUAUCAAUUACACCUACGCUUGAUACAGAUAUGAAGCGCUAUGAUUUAAUGCAAAAUAUAAAUACGCGCGGCACUUUCCUGGUAUCGAAGACCUGCUUGCCGUAUCUGUUGAAGAGCGAUAAUCCGCAUAUAUUGAACCUAUCGCCGCCACUCAACAUGAAUCCGAAAUGGUUUGCUAAUCACACAGCCUACACCAUUGCCAAAUAUGGUAUGUCUAUGUGUGUUUUAGGUAUGGCUGAGGAGUUUCGAUCAGAGGGUGUGGCCGUCAAUGCUCUGUGGCCUCGCACCAUAAUUCACACGGCAGCUGUUGAGAUGUUGCAUGGAGACAUUGGAGCUCAAUAUGCACGGAAACCGGAGAUAAUGGCAGAUGCCGCCUAUGCGAUCCUUACUCGCGAUGCAAGAGAUUAUACAGGCAAUUUUUUCAUUGAUGAUGAAAUAUUGCUCGAUGUUGGUGUCAAGGAUUUUGGAAAAUAUGCCUGUGUACCGGAAAAUAUGCAUUUGCUGUUAACCGAUGUAUUUUUGGAUAAUGAGGGGCCAAUGGCAAAGAUAUAAAACAAAAAUUUUUGGUGAUGGGAUAAAAAUAAAUUCAAAAUAAAUCAUAUGUUAUAAAAAGACGUUAAA